UGAGUGUGUGUUUUGUUCUUUCCAACAUUGAGUGCAAUUAAGUACGUCAUAGCCCGCCCCCCAAAAUGUCCGUGGUACGAACGAAGGUCCUUGGUCUGGUGGACGUUAUAAUGCGCGUUCCCAGCCUGUUUAUCAUCGAUGAAAUCCUUAAGAUGGGUAUGGGCGUGCCGAUAGCCCAAUCCGCCAGCCAGGUUGCGAACAGUACCGCCAUCAAUCUCGACCCGCCAGUAGCUGCAAUGUUGCCAGAAGACGACCGAGGAAUGCAGGACAGUAUCGAGGUGUACAAAUUCAUCUCGCUCGCGGUGCUAAAGUUUCUCUUCUGUCUGUUCGGCGCCAUCAGUGCAGCCUGUGUAUUCAUGCUAUGGACGCGGCAUUUAGUCAUCGUGUACAUGUAUAUCGUAUCCGUGGGAUUAAUCUUCCUGUCGUAUUGGAGCAACGUCUCCGCGCUAUCGGUGAUCUCCGACAGUCCCAGCCUGUUGGAGGAUGUCCUUUCGCUCAAUAUGGAACGUUUGCUUGAUCCUGGAGGUGUUCUAAUCUCAAUACUGCCUCACCUCCUUGCCCAAUGGUUGAUGGGUGUCAUAUUCGCCUAUAUACAUUUGGGACCACGGCACAAAAUCGUCCAAAAGGCGCUUCCGUUUAGUUUCUUAAUGCCACUGCUGCUUGCGAUGCUGCCACUGCCGUCGGUAGUCCUUAAACAUUCCCCUGCUUUUGCCGCCAUCCUGCCCCUCGUGCUGUCCAAAAUUGCGCUCUGGAGUUCCUCGUUCGAUGUCGUGAAAACAAUCCUCAGCGGUUACCAGCACGCACGCAACUUUGCCAGCAACUUUGGCAUCGCGACGUUGAUCGAAAACGAAUGGCAACGCUUGAACGUACCGUGCGUGUUGCGCGUGUUUUGGACCAUACGGCUGACGGAGCAUCUCAUCAGUUUGCUCAUGUCGUCCGAAGCUCCACUGCGCUUUGCUGCCACCGUGCAGAGCGUACUAGUCAGCGGGUGCGAAACUCUAACGGCCGUGCUCGGCAUGACCAGCAUAAUUUCAUUGAUUUGUCACUACAUCGGCAAGAUGUUUCAGCUGUUCUUGCUUUCCGAAGACUACGAUGAGGAUAAAUCAAUCGGUACGGUGUCAGCGAUACUCUUCUACAUUUUGGCCCUACAAACUGGACUCACCUCACUCUCACCGGACAAGCGCAUUAUUCGGUUGUGUCGCAAUAUGUGUCUGCUAGUGACGGCUUUAUUGCACUUUUUGCACAACAUUGUUGCACCCAUACUAAUGUCACUGAGUGCUGCCCGCAAUCCGUCACGCAAGCGUCACGCACGGGCAUUAAUCGUGUGUGCUUUCCUUCUUAUUGCGCCCGGAUCAUUGCUGGCCGUACUUUGGGCCAGCCACUCACCCUCCACGUGGUUGUUGGCAGUUACAGCUUUUUCGGUUGAAGUGAUUGUGAAGGUUCUCGUCAGUUUGGCCACAUACACACUAUUCUUGCUCGAUGCAAGGCGCCAAACAUUCUGGGAAAAACUGGAUGAUUACGUUUAUUACAUACGAGCGUUUGGAAAUUCGGUAGAAUUUUGCUUCGGAAUAUUUCUCUUUUUCAAUGGCGCCUGGAUAUUGAUCUUCGAGUCCGAAAUGAUUCCAAUAGGCGGUGCCAUACGUGCACUGAUGAUGGGUAUCCAUGCGUACUUCAACAUCUGGUGCGAGGCUCGGGCUGGCUGGGUAGUGUUUAUGAAGCGUCGCACAGCAGUACACAAAAUUUCCUCUCUACCGGAAGCGACCACUGCUCAAUUACACCAAUUUGAUGACGUCUGCGCUAUAUGUUAUCAGGAUAUGACUUCAGCCAAAAUCACACGAUGCAAUCAUUAUUUCCAUGGUGUCUGUCUUCGGAAGUGGCUGUACGUGCAGGAUCGUUGCCCGCUGUGUCACGAAAUCAUCAUGAAUCAGGAUGGCAGUUCGGGCGAGGAUAGCCUAGAGGAGCACGCCGGCAACAAUAUUGAUAACGCAAGAGCCGAAGGCCACAUCGGUAGGCCCGACAAUGAGGCUAACAAUCGGCAACCUCACGUUGCAUCCGCUAGCAUAUUACACGCAGCACCUGCUGACCACACAGACGAACACAACCAACCGUUAUUUGAUGAUGUGUUUUUAGAAGAACAAAUUAUCAAUCAUAAUCGUGCAGCCAGUGCCGGUAGAACGUUAGGUGGAAAUGCGAUCGGCUUACAGGACGCACAAAUGGAACCAUCAAGAAGAACCACCUUGCUAGAUCAGUUCGCUAGGGAACAAAUCUAUAGCCGUGAUCAUGUAAGAUUCGAGCGACCACAAGGUGAUAAAGUAGCGAAUCUUCUUCAAGCUGCAAAUGCAACAGAAUCGGGACAAUCCAGCAAUAAUUUACUGAUGCCGUUGCUGUUAGAUAAUGGUGCAGAGCUUAUAGCAACACCGGAAGAGACACAUCCGAGUGAAUGUGGGAGCAGCUAUGCAAGCACAUCGGAUAGUACCAGCAGCAGCAAUACGGAAGCUACGGGAGGUAGUAGCAGCAGUGGGAGCAGCACCAGCAGCAACAGUGGUGGAAGUGGCACUCUGUCGGGACUGUCAAACAGUUCGCUGGUGUCGGCUGCCGCCAUUUCAUUCAACCUCCGUCGACAUCCCGUUAUUUUGCAGCAGCAACAGCAACAGCAGCCAAAUGCAUCAAGAGAAUAACAACCAAAACGGAUAGCUGCACCAGCAGACGCACAAUUUCGGAAUGAUAGAAGCGGCAUACGAAGACGGUCAUUUUCUGUUGAAUAAUC